CCCACCUCGGUGUAUACGAAGAUGGCUAGACUCCUCAAGUUCUCCGCCUUGGUCUCUCUUGCUUGCUCGCAACUUGCCCUUGCGCAGACGGUGUAUCUGGCUGGUGAUUCGACGAUGGCCAAGGGUGGAGGAGGCUCUGGGACAGAUGGAUGGGGUCAAUAUCUAGCCCAAUACCUCACCAUCCCCGUCGUGAACGACGCCGUCGCUGGUCGUAGCGCACGGUCUUACACCGACGAAGGUCGCUUCACGACACUCAUCAACACCGUCAAGUCUGGCGACUUUGUGAUCAUCGAGUUCGGGCACAACGACGGGUCGAGUGGCACGGUUGACAAUGGAAGGGAGGACGCCGUGGGAGAUGGCUACGAUACAACGACCACGGUGACUGAGUCGGAUGGUUCCACCGUCGUCAUCCAUACAUUCCCCUACUACCUCCAAAACGCCAUAACCUCCCUCCAAGGCAAAGGCGCAAUCCCCAUCAUCUCCUCCCAAACCCCCGACAACAUCUGGACCUCCUCCACCUCCGACACAAUGGCCGCGCCCUCCCGCUUCGUAGGUUAUGCCGAGGAGAUCGGUGAACGCACUGGUGUGGUCUACGUUGACCACUUCGAUUACACGGCGCAGGCGUACGAGGCGUUGGGGCAGACGCUCGUGACGACAUAUUACCCUAUUGACCAUACGCAUACGAGUCCGACGGGGGCGAAUGUUGUGGCGGAGGCGUUUGUGAGGGGGUUGAUUUGCGGGAGUAGUGCGUUGAAGGCGAAGGUGAAUUCGGCGGGGAAUGCGGUGCCCAAUGGAUGUCUUUGAAACGGUGGAUGAGUUGUCGUUAGCCGUAGUCAGAAGACUCGGUUCAACGGUGUAUCAAGUACACGUGCGACCGUGACAGCAACAUCAAUAUACAAAAGGAUCUCUUGCAGGGUGACUGGCCAACGUGGGGAUCGAACCCAAGACCUUCGCGUUAUUAGCACGACGCUCUAACCAUCUGAGCUAGCCGGCCGAUACGUUCAUUUAUAUGGAUAGUGUCAUCAGAAGCCGGGUAGGUUAUUCAUCGUAGGGGUAUCGCAACAAUAUUGAGAAUACUUGUAAGUCUGAGGACCUCGUCUCUUGCCAGCACCCCACCGACAAGAUCCAUGGUCUUCAUCCCGACCACCUAUGGAGGAUGUGGAUAACAGAC